UCUGGUAUAUCUUGUUCUGUUUUAGUAAACGGCGCGGCUGUGUAUCGUGUGUGUUGGUUACGAAUCAGAACUUGAAAUAUUGUUGUUCGGAAGUGAAAACUACGGAAAUGAUUGUAAUAAUGAUAAUUCGUUUUGGGAGGAUAACGAUUUAGUUCGUGUUUGUGUCCUAUUAUUUAAACUAAACGUUUAUUCUGCAGACCAGAAUGAGGGAGUUUAAUUUGUUGAUUCCGAGCCCACUGCAAUAUGCCACUCGACGUCAAUCAGGAAAUCGGUGCAUUUAUUGUUAUUAUGAAUUAAAACCAGUUUUCCUCACUGACACAGAAGAAUCUCGCCUGAAUACUAGUAGGUCUUCUGAUAAUCUCAGUAAACCUUAGCCUGAAUACAUUUUUAUUUUCAAACAUAGUCUACAUGUUUCAUAGACUAAAAGUUUUAUUUUUAUGAACAUGAACAUUUUGUUUACUCUACCGAAUCGGUAUCCUAUUUGUAUAAAUAAAUAUUCUCAUAUGGAACAUUUCUAACUUAUUAUAAUUUUAUAUUUUAAUUACAGUUGUGGUUUUAGUAAAUUGAAUCCAUAUCACGUUUGAAGUUAUAAACAAGUUUGGUUUAAUAUUGAAAGAGUGCUCCUGUUUCUUUCAGAAUUUCAACGUGUUCUCAAAUACCAUUUAUUGACUUCUGUCAACUUCUAACAAUACCUUUCUGCAAUGCCACGAGAGAAGUUUUGUGUAGAGACUUUGAUCAACUGGAAUAUACAGACGACGAGGAUGGUGAAGGUCCUGGACUUCGGCUCCCGGGUCCGGCCGUGCCUGCGCCUGAUGAUGUUCCUAAGUCUUCUGACGUUCCUCACCAUCUUCUACUUCUUCAGUGACGUCAGCUCUGCGGGUUACAUGAAGUUUUUUCGGCGCAACCCUAACUUAGAGACAGACUUCUACAACACCGCCCCGGGUACUUAUUCCUCGGACUCUUCCAUCAAUCAGACCGGCGGCCCGAAGGAGGGUUACCUGGUGUGGAGCCCUUCCUGUCGUAUCCCCGACUUAGACCCUUGGCACGAGAGCAUCCGCCAUCUCAUUCACCGUGAGGAGCCUAUGGUCUGCUCUGAGUUGCCACCCCUCACACGUGUCACCGGACACACCCUGCAGCUGAUCCACGCCAACGCCCAUCUCUACGGCGGGGAGAACAGCUUCCACUGCUGCUACCAGGAAAUCACGCGGCGUGACGCGGACAAGUUCAGUCCCAAAGUUGACGACCUUUUUAGCGUAAGUAAUUGCAUACACUUCGACGACACCAUCAACUUGACUUCAGAACAGCAGUUCAUCAUGGUAAAGUGUGUGGCCCCCUGGUUUUGGUUUUGGAAGAAAAAAAUCUACACCAACCUGCACGCUAUCGUUUCAAUUAGAAAAGACAUCAAGAAAACUCCAAAAAACCUGACCUUGGAUCGGCAGAAGAUGAGUGUUCUGAUAGUAGGGAUCGACUCGAUAUCCCGUUUAAAUCUCAUCAGGACCAUGCCCAAGACUGUCCGCUUCCUGCAGAAGAUGGGCUGGGUGGAGAUGAAAGGGUACAACAAGAUUGACGACAACACCUUCCCUAACCUCAUGGCGGUACUGACCGGCAUGAACUACACCCAAGUGCGGAAAGGAUGCAUGCAAACCAACGAUGAUCCUGUUGACGAAUGUCCUUUCAUCUGGAAGAACUUUUCUGAGCAAGGCUACAUAACCGGAUACGGCGAGGAUGAUCCGACGAUAGGAUCAUUUAAUUAUCAAAAGACCGGAUUUUUCAAAACGCCUACAGAUUAUUAUAUGAGGCCGUUUAUGUUGGCUGCUGAAAAGAAUACAAUCUUGAAACAACAAGACGGUUUAAAUGUGUGUUUAGGACCGACGCUUUCGACCGAUCACAUCUACAAGUAUGCCACGGAUUUUGCGACCACUUUCCGCAAUAAUCUCUACUUCGCCCUAUUCUGGAUGAAUACCUUAAGCCACAGCGAUUUGAACACACCUUCCGCUUUGGAUUUACGAACUCUGAAGUUCCUACAGGACCUCGUACACAACAGGGUGUUGAAGAAUACUUUUGUGAUAUUCUUGAGUGAUCACGGCAUGCGGUUCGGGAAGAUCAGAGAAACCUAUGUGGGCUGGCUGGAGGAGAGGCUUCCAUUUAUCUUCAUGUGGAUGCCGGAGUGGUACCGGAUACUUCACCCGAAGAAGUAUGCGAACCUCCUGGACAAUCGGAAUAAGCUGACUUCACCUUUCGAUCUCCAUCUGACGCUGCAAGAUGUAUUGUAUGGAGAACACGACAACGGAACACGGUCCUGUCCCGACUGUGUGUCCAUGUUUGACGAGGUUCCGUGGAACCGAUCUUGUCACGACGUAGGAGUGACGGAGCACUGGUGCACGUGCUACGAGUACAGGAUGCUGACAACGCAGGACGUCUCGGUGCAGGCCAUGGUGAGGUUCACCGUCGGGGAGAUCAACAUGCUGCUGGAGAAUGGGCAAGAUAUGCUCGAGAACAACACGCGGUGUGCCACAUUAAGCGUGAAGCAAGUGAUGUCGGUCCGCAGCAAAACCUACGAGCACAAGCUCGGCUACCACGAUUACGUCGUACUGUUCGAAACACUCCCAGGCCAAGCAUUGUUUGAGGCCACAGUAAGACUUAGUGACAGUGGUCAGUUCAAACUGCUUGGCACUGUGAGUAGAAUUAAUGCGUACGGUUCUCAAAGCAAAUGUAUGCGUAAUGCGUUCCUUAAAAAGUACUGUUUUUGUGUGUAAAGUUAAAAUUAUUAUGACAAAAGUAUUUUAUAAUUGACCGAGUUUUGGAAGAUUUCAAGGAAACUCGUAAGUAAUGUCAAAUCUUGCCAUUUGGUAUUUUAAUAUAUUAUGACCUUAAAAACUGUGUUAUGGAUUUUCUAAAAAUGUUCUUUUUACUUUGAAGGAAUGUGUCCUUCAUGACUCUUUUUAAUUGAAAGUAGUGUAUACAAGAUACACCAUUUUAUCUUAUAAACAAUUAUUUGUUAAAAAUAGUUUAAUUUGUUGAUAUGGAUUUUCUAAAAAUGUUCUUUUUACUUUGAAGGAAUGUGUCCUUCAUGACUCUUUUUAAUUGAAAGUAGUGUAUACAAGAUACACCAUUUUAUCUUAUAAAC